AUGGGCCUCCAGCACCGUCUAACACUUGGGUUAGGUGUCUUUGUCUCAUUUUUUAUAUCAGCAGCGCUUGCACGAGACGCCGAUUCACCUAGCUUGUCCGAGUAUCCCGACUGUGCAGCGGAAUGCAUCGCCGACGCCCUCCAAGGAGGCUUCUGCGCCCCCAGUAACCAGACAUGCCUAUGUACAGACCAAGGGUUUCAGCAGAACCUCACCACUUGCGUGUCUGCGGGCUGUACCAUACCCGAAGCAUUGGCGGCCCAGAAUUCGAGUUUAGCAGCGUGCGGUGCUCCGAUACGUGACCGCGCGCAACAGUUCGUCCACCUCACUAACGCCCUCGCUAUAAUAACGGGAGUCUUUGUUGCCGUUCGAUUUGGAUACAAGAUGAUCGUGUCGACUGUCCGCCUGGGUAUAGACGACUGGCUAGUGCUGGCAAGCAUGCUCUCCUUUGUCCCCACCGCUGUCAUCACUGUCUAUGGCACAACGCCCAAUGGCCUCGGCAAAGAUAUUUGGACUCUCACGCCUUCUAGCAUCACGGCAAUAACUCGGUUUUGCUACUUCCUAGGUAUCCUUUACUUCGUGCAGAUAGCGUUUGUGAAACUAUCCAUUAUUAGCUUCUACAUACGCAUCUUCCCUGCUCAGGAAACCCAACGCCUGCUCUGGGGUACCUUUAUAUUCACCUCGGUAUGGGGAUUUGCGUUUGUCCUUGUCGAUAUCUUUUCCUGCCGGCCUAUCUCGUACUUCUGGCACCAGUGGGAUGGACUCCACGAGGGUACAUGUACCGAUUCAAACGCUACUCUAUGGUCACACGCGAGCUUCAGUGUCGCCCUGGACUUUUGGAUCCUCGCCGUGCCUCUGUGGCAGUUGCGAAGUCUUCAGCUUCACUGGAAAAAGAAGCUCAGUGUAGCUAUCAUGUUCAGCGUUGGCACCCUAGUGACUAUCGUGAGUAUUGUUCGUUUCCAGGCGUUAGUGCACUACGGAAAGUCCAUGAAUAAGACAUGGGAGCUAUACAACGUGUCUAUCUGGUCCACCAUCGAGAUCACCGUUGGCAUCAUAUGCGCCUGUCUUCCCACCAUCCGCGUAGUUCUCGUCAGAAUCUUCCCCAUUCUGUCCACCGCUUCGGCGCAACACAGCAGAGGCAAUCAAUACAACGAGCAGAGCAACGGCCCUCAGCACACGGGUAGCAGAGCGCGGGCCCAAACGGUUGCAACCGUCAGCGCUGAUCGACCGAAUUCCGAAGAGGAGCACGACGUGGAAGCCCCGGGCAUUAUUUUCCACAAGACUUACCGUUUGCGAUACAGCGAGAGUGAUGAGAUCGCCCUCGUUCCUUUAAGGCCACACGAAGAGGGGAAGCAGUGA